CCAAACAUAGUGUUGUUCUAAGAGAGAGAAAAACUUAAGAAAGAGAAAGUACUAAAACUGCUCUCUUUCUUUUAAGUUUUCUUUUCUCUUUUUUAGCUUGUUCAUCACCAACAUAAUUUGGAUAUUUUCUUCAUAUUAUCUACUGUGAGAGCUACUAGCAUAAUUUGGAUAAUUUCUACAUCCAGAGUUGCAUUGUGAGAUUGAAAAGAACAAGACUAGGUAAAAGUUGGACUUUUUUUUCUUGAUCAUCUGAUCUGAUUCUUGAUUCUUGAAUUUUGAUUUGAUUCAAUUCAAUGGGAGAAGAUCAAGAAAUACUGAAACAUGUAUGCAAAUUCUGCAACAAAAGUUUCAAUAGUGGUAGAUCAUUAGGUGGUCAUAUGAGGUCUCAUAUGAUUAAUUCAACUGAUGGAAACACUACAAGAAAAAUGCUUCCAAUUUUGGAUAUGGGCACUGAAGCAGGUACUCAAAGUGCUAAUUAUGUGCUGAGGGAGAAUCCCAAGAAGACUUCAAAAUUUGCUGAGUCAAGUGAAGAAGAUACUUUGCUUCCAAAUCAGAAGAACAAAGUAUGCAAAGAAUGUGGCAAAAGCUUCCAAUCUUGGAAAGCUUUAUUUGGCCAUAUGAAGUGUCACUCAGAGAGAAUCUCAUCAAUAAAUAACAGUGUGGAACAAGAUUCUUGGAAUAGUGCUAAUGCUAAUCAGAAACAAGUUAUGGAUAGUCAAUCUGAUACUGAAACAGCAGCACCAAAUAAGAAGAAGAGAUCAACAAGAAGGUUGAAAAGGUACAUGGCUACUACAACUUCCUCUUCUUUAACUGUUGCUUAUAAUGCUUCUCCUUGUAUCUCUGAGAUUGAACAUGAUCAGCUACAAGAGGAAGUUGCUAUGAGUUUGAUCUUACUUUCAAAAGAUGUGGGAAGUUGGGUUGGUCAAAAUCAUGUCACUGAGUGUUCUGAUAACAAUUAUCAACCACAUCAAAAUGAUAAAGUUGGGAACAAGAGCACAAAAUGUAAAGAUGGUGAAUUGGUCAAGCUGAGGAAAGUCAAAAAUGGGAAAACAGAACAAGGUGAGAGCUCCAAGUCAAAUGGUCAAAAAAGGGACAAAUCACAAGUUCCAACUGAUGAUGAGAAAAAGAAGAAGAUUAAAGUGGACAAUGAAAACAGAGUUGUUGAAGAGUUUGAAGUUGAAUUUGCUAACAAGUUAGUCAAAAGGAGUGAUUUAACUGAGGGUUUCAAUUCCAAGAAGAUAAAAUUUGAGUGUACUACUUGCAAUAAGAGUUUCCAUUCCUACCAAGCACUAGGAGGUCACAGGGCAAGCCACAAAAAUAUCAAAGGUGAAAAUAGCAGUAUUGAUAUUGAGCACUUGCAAAAUAAAGGUGUAGAUCAUAUCAAACUCAUCAAAAACUGCAGCAGUGAAAGUGCAAUAAAUGAAAAGAUUGAGACCAAUUCUGGAUCCAAGAAGCUAAAGAAUCAUGAGUGUCCAAUUUGUUUCAAGAUUUUCUCAUCAGGUCAAGCUUUAGGUGGUCACAAGAGAUCCCAUUUGAUUGCUGAGGCCAAAAGAAACAAUAACCAAGCUGUUGAAAUAGUACAGAAACCAAUACCAGAAAUCAGAAAUUUCUUGGAUCUAAACUUGCCUGCUCCUGUUGAAGAAGAGAAUAUGUUGGAUUCUAGCAGUGAGAAUAUUGGUUUCCAGCAAUGGUGGAUGGAAAACAGUCACAAACAUGAGCAGCUACUGGGCCUUAUUUCCAAUUAAUCAUUGGGAAUUUCAUUUAAGGUUCACAAGUGUACAGAUUCAUUGAUUCUUUACAUGUUUGAAGUGUUUAAAUUCUCAGUAGUAACUUAGUGGUGGCAAUAUUCAACCCAAAUUUGUUUGAUCCCUAUUCAACCUGCCCAACAACAAUAUAGUGAUAUAGCCCGUGUAGUCCCAUAAGUGGAUCUAGAGAGGGUAGAGUCUACGCAGACCUAGCCCCUACCUUUUGUUGAUAAAAAAAUCGUUUCCGAUAGACCCUCGGCUCCCUGUUCAACAUGUCCAUUUAACAAAUUCAAAUUCCAUUUUGCUCAUUGAACCAGUUAGCAACCCCCCUCCCUUUCUUUUUGUUGGGAUCAAUUUUAUUGUCUUUUACCAAUUUUAAUUAGGAAAUGAAAAUUCAUAUGUACAAGAUGUAAGCUUCUUUUUCUAUUUAGGAUUCUUUUUUUGUUGUGUACAUUUUAACUUGAUCUUGAGCUAGACUAAAUUGUAAUGAAGGGUAAUUUCUUUUAAUGAUGUGAUAAUCUUUUCUUGGA